CAGUUUGACACGCGUCCCUUCAGCUUCCGAGCCGGAUCCCGUGCUUGGUUACAAUACAUUUGUUGGCUGAAAAGUCCCCUUAUACCUAUAGGCUGAAGGGCAGCAAGUGGCCGCUAGCGCCUUCUCUCUUGGUCCACUAAAUCCUAUCCCUUCAUGACUCCAAGCUAUAUGUUCAUCCUCUUCAGUGCUAUAGCACUGUCUAUUUGCUUGCAGACUGGCAAUGUGGCCGACCCGGUGAAGGCAUUGCACAAUCUUCGGCGGUGGUGGACAAGCAUGUUUGAAUUACUGGAAACUCGCCUCGGGAAGGGGGUGUCGAGCAUUGUGGAUCUACGCGUUGAGCGGGAUACCUGGACAACAGCUAUGACGGCUUCGCGUAGUUCUCUGGGCGGGGCGCUAGCGACGAGUUGGCCUCAGGCGCCCACCAUUCCCACGUGUGUGCCAAAUUCUCCUUACCCGUUGGAUGCGCCGUUAGUGUUGCAGCCACCAAUAGCACAAAAUCAAACUUGGUGUCGUAGCGAAAUAUUUUGUCCGGGGUCUCCGAUAUUACAAGCGAUUAACCUAGCGGGGCUUUACAAUGACUCUAAGACGUUCGUGGACAAGCCGACGGUCACAUCCACCAAUGAAACGCUCGAGUAUUUCCAUUCCAUUUUCGAAAGAGGCGUUUCUGGUGGUAAUCCAGCCAAUCCUAUGCUUACGACGACCUAUCAACGAUUAAUAGACUUUGUCAAUACCAAUUUUAAAAGCGAAGGACUCGAGCUAGAAGAAAUAUCCCCAUGUGUUAUCGACCCAUCCCUUAAUAACUCCACUCCUUCUUUCCUCUCGCCUACUAGAAUUCAUGACCCUCUUAUGCUCGGGUGGGCUCACAUUGUCCAUGGAUAUUGGAGCCAACUCGUGAGAUGUUCUAAGCAGGGCGAGAUCUGUGAUGGAGUCAAUUGCGAGGGCACUCAUAUUCCUAUGAAUCAUACCUUUGUUGUUCCUGGCGGUCGAUUUAGAGAGCAAUAUUACUGGGACUCGUAUUGGAUUAUCGAAGGACUCCUUCAAUCGGAAUACUAUUCGAUCGUCAAUUCCAUGCUGCAAAAUUUUAUGGACAUGAUCGAAAAAAUAGGAUUUAUCCCGAAUGGCGGGCGAACAUACUAUUUAAAUCGGAGCCAACCACCCAUGUUCAUGCGGAUGGUCCAUGCGUAUGUCAGUGCAACGAAUGAUACAGCCAUACUCGACCGCGCGCUUCCCCUCGCUGAAGUCGAGCUGGCAUGGUGGUAUACUAACCGGACAAUCAAUGUCACUUCACCGUACACAAAUCGUAGCUGGGAGGUUGCGCACUUCGCUGCUGAAAGCACUGCUCCUCGUCCCGAGGGCUUCAUCCAAGAUUUCCAUGCCGCGAAUGGACCCGAUAUAUUAGUACCAUUCAGUGAGCAGAAGAAAGCGGAUUUAUAUGCGGAGAUUGCGAGCGCGACGGAAAGCGGGUGGGAUUUUGCUUCCCGCUGGCUUCGGCAGCCGAUGCUAGGAAGCAUUGAUGAUACAAUGCCAGCGUUCCGCACGCUGAACGUACGGAGUACAAUACCCGUCGACUUAAACAGUGUUCUCUACAAGUAUAGAAUGCUCCUCGCCGACCUAUACGAACUUCGCGACUCUAAAGAAGACCAGUGCUUAUCCCGUGACCUCCCCCAUGCUCAACAACCUAAUGACCGGCAGCGUGGGGUGCACCAUCGCGCAGUAGCCAGUGUGAUCAGAGAUGCUAUACUCGAUCUCUUCUGGGACGCGGAUCGCGUAGCCUUUUAUGACUUCAACCUCACUUCAAAUGCUCGAGGGACAGUCUUCACGCCUGCGACUUUUUGGCCAUUCUGGGAUGGGAUCAUUCCUUACGAUGUUCUCUCCAGCGAGAAAGUUGCCAAGCAAGCUUUCAGUGGUGUGAGACUCGUGAUGGCCAGAUAUAACGGGACGUUACCUUCUAGCUUCUUCGUCAACGGACAACAGUGGGAUGCACCGAAGUUAGUUGGUUCUCGUUCUAACUUUUGGCCCAACCAGGUUAACGGGAUAUUAUGUGCAGUGCCUGGCCACCUCAUCAGUUUGUCGCCUUCGAAGCACUACGAUCUCUGCCAUCAAACAUAACGACCACUCUUCUGACCCCUCUUUCGGACACCGUUACUACCUAUUCCCUUGUUCCUCCCAAUCAACUCGG